AUGGAUACAGACAUUAUCGAAAUUCAAAAACCAAAACCAGUUGAUCCAGUUGAAACUAUUGUAGUACCAGAAAUUACUGAAAAUGAAAAAGAAGAAAUUAAAAAACAACAAGAAGAGGAAGAACAAGAUCAACAACAAGAAGAUGAAGAUAAUAAAAUAGUACCAGAAAUUAAAAAAGAAGAAAAUAAUACUGUAAAUAAUAAUAAUAAUGAUGAUGAUAAUACUAAAAAAGUUUCAAAUGUUAAAAGAGGUGUUUGUCAAAUUCAAGGACCAACCAGAGGUAAACCAGUUUCAGGUAGAGUUUGGAAAACACCAUCAACUAAAUUUAAUUCAGCCAUCAAGGUUAAUAAAGGUUUACAAACUACUUUUGAACAAAAACAAAAACAAAGAGAAGAUUUAAAGAGAAUGAAGGAAAAACAAAACGAAAUUAGAGAAAAGACCAAACAAGACAAAAUCGAUAUGCACAACUCAAUUAGAGAAAAUAAAAAAAUUAAAGAAGAGAAUAUUAAAAAAUCUGAACAAGUUCAAGUUAUUAACAAUACUUUAAAAUUAAAGAAGCUUUCUAAAAAAGAUUGGAAACUUUAUAGAAAGAAUUAA